AUGUUAAGAAAAGCAGCCAGUGUGAAAAGAGCCAGUUCGGUAGCGUUGACUGGGUCAGAGUCAGGCUCAGAAUCGGAAAGCGAGUCGUUCGAGGCUGCUAUGAAGAGAAAAUCCCAGAAAAUCGCCAACCUGGUGCUGAACGAUGAUGAGUUGCAAUAUGAUAUAGAUACGCCGAUUCCUCAAGAACAGAAGGAAGAAAAACAAGAACAAGGGUCAAAGUUCUUGAAAAAUAUAUUGGAACAGAAGGAAGUACGUGAUAAGGAGAGAGAACGGACGAAAAUAGAGUGGCAGAGGAAGAACGCUAAGGGGAUGGUGUUUGAGUCUGAGGAGUAUAAACAGUUGGCAGGAGACCCCAAGGGAGAGGAAACAGAGCCAGAGACCCCACAACAGGAGGAGCAUACGGUCUACGAUAUUGUCAAGUCAAAGGUUACUAAGCAAGACUUGGAAGAUGCCAAGCUGCGCUACUUUGAAAGAUGUAAAGCAUCAGAUCAGAUUAAAACAUAUUAG